AUGAUGGCUGUCUUGAUUGGUUAUGGCCUCCAUGUCCUGUUGUGGACAGUAUUCUCCCCAUACCUUCUGUCAGAGGCUUCAGCAAGCUCGACUCGCUGUUUUCAAUCAAGACCAGAUAUUUGCGCCCCAGCAUUGAACGUCACUCAUUAUGAGGAUGGCCAUGUUACUCCGGGCUACAUAUUCAUUGCUCCUUAUUCGAUGAGUGACUUCAAUGAUGGCCCAUACAUUUACAGCCACUCAGGAGACCUAGUCUGGGCCGGCGCUGAAGGCAGAGAACUUGUACACAAUCUCCACCCCUGCCGUAUUGCAGGCAAUGAGAAACUAUGCAUGUUGUCAAUGCGCCACGGUACCGGAGUUCUAGCAACGGGCCCAAUCGUCGCUCUAGACCGAGGUCUAUACACACCGGAAGGGGAAAGGGACUUCAUCGAGAUCCUUGGCGGCAAAGAGCCAGACGUGCAUGAGCUGAACGUUGUCAAUAACGGAACAGCCGUUCUGACUACCUGGUUAAAGACUUGGCCGCGGGAUCUCUCUUCCGUUGGAGGCCCGAAAAACGGGUAUCUGAGGAGUGCCGGCUUUCAAGAGGUUGACAUCGAGACGCAAACUGUCAGUUUCAAGUGGGACGCUGCGGAGCACGUCCAGAUAGAAGACUCGUUCAUGGAGCUUGGUAUUGGACGCUGGGGGGAUGGGAUCAGUCCCGAGACUGAUUGGGACUUCUUUCAUCUCAAUUCAGUAGACAAAUCCAAAGAAGGCGACUACAUAAUCUCCGCACGCCAUAUGAAUGCUAUCUACAUGAUCUCAGGCCAGAAUGGCACUGUCCUAUGGACACUUGGGGGCAAAAAGUCUGAUUUCACAUUUGAGUCCGGGUUGAACUUCAGUGCCCAGCACCACGUCCGGCUGCAAGAGAAGCGGAGCGACAGUCUCACCAUCUCGCUAUUGGAUAAUGGAUCCGAUGGACACCACCAGACCGCAUUCUCAUCGUCCGGUCUCGUCCUGCAUUUGGAUAUGCAAGCUAUGCAUGUUUCUCUGCUCCAGCGGUAUACCACGCCCAGCGGGAUUCUCACCACUCAAGAAGGAAGCGUACAGCUUUUGGGAAAUGGGAAUGUGUUUAUAUACUGGGGCGGAACACCAUUCCUCAGUGAACAUACCUCGGAUAACUCGCACGUCGUAUUUGAAGCGCAUCUGGCAGACCCGACGGGCUUUUGGUACCGUGCGUGCAAGGCGAACUUUACCACGGCGCCGACGACUACUCCGGAUGUCGUUGGCGUGUCUGUGUCUAUUUCAGGGCCGACAACCUGGUACGUGUCAUGGAAUGGGGCUACUGAGGUGCGGGGAUGGAGGGUGUAUGCUUCACAGGAGGAGGUGGGCGAGUAUGAGUUCAUUGGAUUCUUUGCAAAGAGUGGGUUUGAGACGAAGAUUGAGCAUGAUGGUUUCUUUGCCCGGGCUAUCGUUGAGGCUGUUGAUGACAAUGGGUUGUCGAUAUGCAACUCGUCUGCCUCUAUUAGUACAGUCCACCAGAGUCCGGACGGAGGUAGUGCACAGAGUGUUCUGCGAGGCCUGAACUGA